AUGAGUUCUGAUAAGAUGACGUAUCUUGAAAUGGGGUAUCUUGAAAUGUUCAAUUCGAUUAAAAGCUGCUUCAGGGCCAAGAAGUACAAUGAAGUUGAAGCAAUACUUAGAGAGUUCACCCAAAAGCCAUUGUUGCAAAAAAAUGUCGGUUUGACGAACGAUGGUAAUGCUACUUCUCUUGGAACUUGUGAUGUUGGAGUAUAUGGAGUUAAUUCAUGCCUUUUGAUCAUCAUUGAAAUGAUCAAGUUCAAUCUCCAAUUCAAAACUCAUAUCAACAUCAACUAUGAGAUCAUUCUUAUCAUCUCAGAUACUAGAAACAAUUUUUACUUCAUCAUCAAAUUGUAUCAACUAUUGAGAGAUAAUAAGAUUUCAAUGAAUACAUUAUUCAUGAUAAGAGAGAGAUUGAUGAAUAUCAACGAGAUAAUGGAAUUGAUGAAGUUAAUAACAGUUCCCAUUGAAAAACCCGUUACCAUCAGCUAUGAAUCAGAAUUGGAAUUCUCACAACUCAAAUUAACCCCAUAUUCAGAAUCUCAAUUCAGAAAAACAAUCCAAGAUUAUAUGGCUAUCAAUGAAGUUACUGAAACAUUAUUGGCUGCGAAAAAAUAA